GCAAUAGAAGCAGAUAAGCCGAAAAUAGAUUACACAGUAACACAAGUUCCGCAACAAAGAGAAGAGCUUCCUUCAUGAUUCCUUAGAAAGGUAGCCAUGGAAAUCCUCUCUCCCUCAUUCUCCACCACCAUAACUUCCUUAUCCAACAAACUUCCAAUUCAAAAUUCUACUCCAACUAUCAAUGUCCUCAAUCCCACGAAAAACAUGAACCGCACUAAUCUCUCUUUGUCCUCCUCUCAAUCUUCUCCCUUUUCUUGUGUGUUUUUAUCAUCCAGGAUAAAACCAACAGUUACUACAUCAACAACUACACUUUUCACUUCCCCUUCUAUGUCUUCCACUAAAACUGACGACCGCCAUUGGAUGGUGCUCAUGGAGAGUCCUCAACAAGGGGUUAAUUCCAAGCCAGAAAUCAUUGAUUACUAUGUCAAGACUCUAGAGAGAGUUUUGGGCAGUGAAAAAGAUGCUCAAAUGUGCAUAUAUGAUGCUUCUUGUGAUACCCACUAUGGUUUUUGCUGCGAUAUCGAUAAAGAAGCCUCCCGUGAGCUUGCCAGUUUGCCUGGGGUUUUAUCAGUUAUGCCUGACCCAGAUUAUAAUUCUAGAGAAAAAGAUUAUGCUUCAAAUAUUCAAUCGAGUAACCUAUCGAACCUACAAAUCAGAAGUACAUUGCUUUUUCCUGCUGGGACUACGAGACACUGGCUGGUUAGAAUUGAUAAGCCAGGCGUUGGGGUUGUUACAAAGGCUCAAAUGGUUGAUUAUUAUGCUGAAAUACUAACCAAGGUUCUGGGGAAUGAGAAGGAUGCUCAAAUGUGUAUAUAUCACAUUUCUUGGCGAUCUAAUUUUGGGUUUUGUUGUGAACUUGAUGAGGAAUGUGCUCAAGAACUAGCAGGUGUGCCUGGGGUUUUAUCUGUUCAGCCAGAUAAGAAUUAUGAUUCAGAAAAUAAGGAUUACGGAGGUGAUAAUAUUGAAAAUCCUGUAGAUAGAUCUGCUUCAUCAGAAGCAAGUCAAACAACUCCUGUGAAAACAAAGAAACUUUUUGUAACUGGCCUGUCGUUUUAUACUUCUGAAAAGACUUUACGAGCAGCAUUCGAGAGCUUUGGUGAGCUUGUUGAAGUUAAGAUAAUAAUGGACAAGAUCUCUAAAAGGUCGAAGGGUUAUGCAUUUGUAGAGUACACCACCGAGGAGGCUGCAAGUGCGGCACUCAAAGAGAUGAAUGGCAAGAUUAUUAAUGGUUGGAUGAUAGUUGUUGAUGUUGCCAAGGCCAACCCUCCAAAAUACAGCAGGGGUCGUCCAAGAAUGGCAGCCUGAGAGUUAAAGAUGAGAGGGUGGAUUAUUUUUCAAACAAGCUACCCAAAUCUCAUAUUCUGAAAUUGCUAAUUCAUACAAAUGUACUCGUUAUCUCUACCAGCUUCUUACUGUAGAAGCAGCAUAAUUGAAAUUGUUAAAUUGACACAUGACUACUUUCCAUUGAUUAUGCUAUAUUACCCUUUUUUAUAAA